AUGGCCAGAAUCCCCUUCCCCAUUGUGCCCUAUCCGCCAAUGCAGCCACCAGCGCAUCGCGAUAAGCCGAUGAAGGUGCUCGCGCUGGGUAUGCCCCGCACAGGGACCCUGUCACUGUACGUUGCGUUGAAGAAACUGGGAUACAACUGCUAUCAUAUGGCGGAAUGUUCCCUGGACCAACGCAACGGAUCGUUGGGUCUCUGGACUCGCGCCAUCAAUGCGAAAUACAAUGGCGACGGCCGGAAGUUUUCGGGCAGAGAUUUUGACCAAAUGCUCUGGCGCUACGAUGCUGUAGUCGAUAUUCCCUGCAUCCUCUUCGCCGAAGAGCUCAUGGAUGCCUACCCCGACGCACAAAUUGUCUUGACCACACGUCCGACAUACAUCGGCCUUUAUAUCCCCAUCCUACGGUCUGCACUGUCCGUAUGGACUGGCCGUAACUGGCAGGAUACUAGCUGUCUUCCUAUAGGCUUUACAGCUCACCAUGACCAGGUCCAUGCUGCCGCGCGAGCACAUGGACGCAAAGUCCUUGAAUUCAUGGUCCAGGAUGGCUGGGGUCCUCUCUGUCAGUUCCUGGGAAGAGAGGCGCCGAAUGAACCGUUUCCCCAUGUCAAUGAGGUGCGGCUGGCGGGCGUGGCAAAGCAGAGCUUGAUAUGGGCUACCCCCGUCGUUGCGGGAGGGGCUGCUUGGUGGUAUUUUAGAAAGCAUUGUUCAUGGUGGCGGGAUCGGUUCUAUCCUGAUGAGGUGCUGGCUUGUGGUAGGUUGUUCUGUGUUUAA